GUAAACAAAAAAGCAGGUUAGGAAACUUCAAAUCAUACGACAAAAUAAUGACCACAUACAAAAAAUUAAGUGAUGGUUCCGACGACGAUUUACCAAGAAAUGUCUCGAUAAAAACCGUCUAUACGUGGAAAACUGAAUUCAAUGCAGAUUCUGUAGAAUGGUGCCCUUGCGAGAAUUUCAGGCACGUUUUUGUAUGUGGCAAUUAUCAACUUUUACCAAAACCUGAAGGAUCUGAUUACAAAAAGCGAAUAGGGCGAAUACUUUUAUUUUCAAUCAACGAGGACACGGGAUUAAAGUUAGAGCAAGAGUACGAAACUGCUGCAGUACUCGAUCAAAAAUGGUGCCAUCACGAGAUUAACGGUUCUAUCUUAUUGGGAGUUGUCAAUUCGAAUGCAAAAUUGAAAAUAUUCAAAUUGGAGAAAGACAAGGACGCCUUGAGGUUGAAGAAGAUCGAUUCGUUCAAAUUCUCAUCUAGUGACGAUGAACUCUUAAUUUUAUCAUUGGACUGGUCGACUAAUAAGCUUGUUUCCAAUGAACCUGAAAUAAUAUGUAGUGAUUCUAAGGGAAGUGUGCACAUCUUGAAGUUGGUACAAAAUCAGCUUGUACUCAAAACGUCUGUGGUCAAAUUCCAUGAGUUUGAAACGUGGAUAGCAGGUUUUUACUAUUGGGAUCCUCACAUAUACUUCUCUGGUGGAGAUGAUUGUAUUUUCUACAAAUACGAUCAACGAGUUGGCACAGAUGCUGUUGCAAAGAAUAGGUCACAUGAAGCUGGUGUUACUUCCUUACACUCAAAUAUUAGUAAGGAGUAUGUCAUAGCUACUGGAAGUUAUGACGAAAACGUAAGAAUCUGGGACCUGAGAAACCUCAAAUGUCCCAAGACAGAAACAAAAAUUCCAGGGCCAGUUUGGAGGGUAAAGUGGGACCCAUUUUCCCAGAGCCAUCUGUUGGUAGCCGGUAUGUUAGGAGGUGCACAUGUUAUUUCAGAAGUAUCACAUUCCAUAGUCGAUAGUUAUUAUGAACACGAAAAUCUCGUCUAUGGGGUUGAUUGGUGUUUUAUGAAGGAGGAAUCUGUGCAGAAGUACCCCAAAGAGGGGAAUGCUAUGCUGGCCAGCUGUUCUUUUUAUGAUAAUCUACUGUGUAUAUCGAAAUUGAAGUGUGAAAUUUAAUUUGUUGACAUAGAAGAAUAUCUGCUUGUAUUUAGGGAAUACUGGUAAACCAGGAGAAGAUUAAAUGCAUUACAUAAA